UCAUUUCUGGACAGAGGCGGUGGGAGCGACUCGCCACUUUCCAAGUCCAGGCGCACCAACCAACCAACCCGUGGACUCCUCCCUGCCGGAGACCCGAUGCCCAUGGAGCCGGGGCUGCCCUUAGGACCCAUUUGCUCUUCUUCGGGCUACAAGAAGGCGGAUGAUGAGAUGUCCGGGGCCACGUCCUCUGCGGACCAGGAGGAGGCAGCAGCCCGCACCAUUUACUUGAGCCAGCCCCAGCAGAGCAAGUUCACCGACAACCGGGUCAGCACAGCCAAGUACAGUGUGGUGACAUUUCUACCUCGAUUCUUGUAUGAGCAGAUCAGAAAAGCUGCUAAUGCUUUCUUUCUCUUCAUUGCCUUACUGCAGCAAAUUCCAGAUGUCUCUCCAACUGGAAGAUAUACCACCUUGGUGCCAUUGAUAUUUAUUCUAACAGUUGCUGGCAUCAAAGAAAUUAUAGAAGACUAUAAAAGACAUAAGGCUGACAGCACAGUCAACAAAAAGAAAACAGUGGUUUUAAGAAAUGGAAUGUGGCAGAACAUUAUGUGGAAAGAGGUGGCAGUGGGAGACAUUGUGAAGGUCACCAAUGGGCAGCACCUACCAGCAGACAUGAUCAUUUUAUCUACCAGUGAACCUCAGGCAAUGUGUUAUAUUGAAACAGCAAAUCUGGAUGGGGAGACUAACCUUAAAAUACGACAGGGACUGACGCAGACUGCUAGUCUCCACUCAAGAGAUGACUUGAUGAAAAUGUCUGGGAAGAUAGAAUGUGAAGGACCCAACCGGCACCUUUAUGACUUCACUGGAAACUUACGCCUAGAUGGUCAGAGUCCGGUUCCCAUUGGGCCUGAUCAGAUCUUACUCAGAGGUGCACAGAUAAGGAAUACUCAGUGGGUUUUAGGAAUAGUUGUCUACACGGGACAUGAUACAAAACUUAUGCAGAAUUCAACCAAAGCUCCCUUGAAGAGAUCAAACGUAGAAAAAGUGACAAAUAUGCAGAUUCUCAUUUUGUUUUGCAUUCUCCUUGUCAUGGCAUUAGUAAGUUCUGUGGGUGCCUUACUGUGGAACAGAACACAUGGAGAAGACAUUUGGUACUUUGGCUCAAAUGAAGCACUCUCUAUCAACUUUGGAUACAAUCUCCUCACAUUCAUCAUCUUGUACAACAACCUCAUUCCCAUUAGUCUGUUGGUGACUCUGGAAGUCGUGAAGUUUACUCAGGCUCUUUUUAUAAACUGGGAUAUAGAUAUGUAUUAUACUGAAACAGAUACACCUGCAAUGGCCAGAACUUCAAAUCUUAAUGAGGAGCUAGGCCAGGUAAAAUAUCUGUUUUCCGAUAAAACAGGCACCUUAACAUGCAAUAUUAUGAACUUUAAGAAAUGCAGCAUUGCUGGAGUAACCUAUGGUCAUUUUCCAGAACUGGCAAGAGAAUGUUCAUCUGAAGAGUUCAGCCAGCUUCCUCCUUCUACCAGUGAAUCUUGUGAAUUUGAUGAUCCAAGACUGCUACAGAACAUUGAAAAUGAUCAUCCCACAGCUACCCACAUCCGAGAAUUCCUCACACUUCUGGCUGUGUGUCACACUGUUGUUCCAGAAAGGGAUGGAGAAAAGAUAAUUUACCAGGCAUCCUCUCCAGAUGAAGGAGCCUUAGUCAAAGGAGCAAAAAGACUUGGCUAUGUCUUUACUGGAAGGACUCCUCAUUCUGUUAUCAUUGAUGCGCUAGGAAAAGAAGAAACAUUUGAGAUCCUUAACGUUUUGGAAUUUUCAAGUAACAGAAAAAGAAUGUCUGUGAUCGUUCGAACUCCAGCGGGGCGACUACGCCUGUAUUGUAAAGGAGCUGAUAAUGUCAUUUUUGAGAGACUGUCGAAAGAUUCCCAGUACAUGGAGCCAACACUAUGCCAUCUUGAAUAUUUUGCCACUGAAGGUUUAAGGACUCUGUGCAUUGCAUAUGCAGACCUCUCCGAAAACUCUUACCGGGAUUGGUUGAAUGUAUAUAAUGAAGCCAGCACAAACUUGAAAGACCGAACUCAAAAGUUGGAGGAGUGCUAUGAAAUCAUUGAGAAGAACUUACUGCUUCUUGGUGCUACAGCCAUCGAGGACCGCCUUCAGGCUGGUGUCCCAGAAACGAUAUCCACUUUAAUGAAAGCAGAAAUCAAGAUUUGGGUCCUAACAGGGGAUAAACAAGAAACAGCCCUCAACAUAGGAUAUUCCUGCAGGCUCGUGUCACAGAGUAUGUCUCUCAUCCUUCUGAAUGAAGAUUCUUUAGAUGCAACAAGAGCGGCUCUCACCCAGCACUGUGCAAACCUGGGUGAUUCACUAGGCAAAGAAAACGACAUUGCCUUGAUUAUUGAUGGCCAGACUCUGAAGUAUGCCCUUUCUUUUGAAGUCCGACAGUCCUUCCUGGACCUCGCGUUAUCAUGCAAAGCUGUUAUCUGUUGCAGGGUUUCUCCUCUGCAGAAGUCUGAAAUAGUAGACAUGGUCAAGAAGCAUGUGAACGCCAUCACCCUGGCCAUCGGGGAUGGUGCCAAUGAUGUGGGAAUGAUCCAGACAGCUCACGUCGGAGUGGGGAUAAGCGGCAAUGAAGGCAUGCAAGCAACCAACUCCUCCGAUUACGCGAUAGCACAGUUUUCCUACCUGGAAAAGCUAUUACUCGUCCAUGGAGCCUGGAGUUACAAUCGAGUGACAAAAUGCAUAUUGUACUGUUUUUACAAGAAUGUGGUUCUGUAUAUUAUUGAGCUUUGGUUUGCAUUCGUUAAUGGAUUUUCUGGGCAGAUUUUAUUUGAGCGCUGGUGCAUUGGCCUCUACAAUGUGAUUUUCACAGCAUUGCCUCCCUUCACCUUGGGAAUCUUUGAACGCUCAUGCACUCAAGACAACAUGCUUAGGUUUCCCCAACUCUACAAAAUUACACAAAAUGCUGAUGGGUUCAAUAGCAGGGUGUUCUGGGGUCACUGCAUCAACGCCUUGAUCCAUUCCAUCAUUCUCUUUUGGUUUCCAUUGAAAGCUCUGGAACAUGAUGCAGUAUUUACAAAUGGUCACAGUGUCGACUAUCUGUUUGUUGGAAACAUAGUUUAUACGUAUGUUGUGGUGACGGUCUGUUUGAAAGCUGGUUUAGAAACCACAGCAUGGACAAAAUUCAGCCAUUUAGCUGUUUGGGGAAGCAUGCUGCUUUGGCUGGUCUUCUUUGGUGUUUACUCUACCAUCUGGCCCACCAUUCCAAUUGCACCAGAUAUGCUUGGACAGGCAGGAAUGGUGCUGAAGUGUGGACACUUCUGGCUCGGUUUAUUGCUGGUGCCCACUGCGUGCCUUGUUAAAGAUAUAGCAUGGAGAGCGGCCAAGCAUACCUACCAUAAAACUUUGCUGGAACAGGUUCAGGAGUUGGAAGCUAAGUCCAAAGAGCUGAGAAAAUCUAUGCUACGAGAUAGUAAUGGAAAGAGCAUGAAUGAACGUGACCACUUGUUAAAAAGGCUUGGCAGGAAAACUCCUCCGAGUCUCUUCCGUGCUCAUUCUGUCCAGCAAGGUGUCUCACAUGGCUAUGCAUUUUCUCAAGAAGAACAUGGGGUCGUUUCCCAGUCUCAAGUCGUCCGAUCCUACGACACUACAAAACAGCGAGUGGGAGUAGAAUAACGUGGUCCUUUUGCCUGAUUGGUGACUGGAGUAAUAAGAUUGGGAUCAAUGCACCCACUGUUAAUAUAUCCCGGAGUCGGGUUGGCAACAGCAGUGUAAACACCGGAAAACCCUUUACUGUGGCCUUAGCCAAAAAGUUUGUUACUUAUGCUUCUUGCAGACUUUGAGUGCGUAUUGUGGCAGUGGGGUGGGUGGGGGUGAAAUCCUUGUUUGAAGUCAGCCACCUUGCUCUGCCUAACAUGUGUUUAUGUUGCUUAUGAAACAUUUGGCUGUGCUGUGGAAGGUGUAAAAAAAAGGAAAACACUUCAGGGGUUUCUUGCCAUUUCAAAAAGAAAGGAGGGGAAACAAGCUGUGUGUAGACAGUUCUAGAAAGAAAAGCAAAAAGGUUGCUCUGUUCCAUGCGGGAUAUGCCUUUGCUUCAUUCGAACUGGAGAGCUGGCAUUUCCUGUUUUUCUCAUGCUCAGAUUCAAGUGUGUGAGGUUGCAUGUAAGAAACCUUUCUAAUAUUCACUGUUUAUUUGACAGAAAUGUUCAGGGAGAGAUGGAGGUGGCAAGAAAACAAAUGUUAUCGUGGAGAAAAUGGCAAGGCAGAAAUAAGGUUGCAAGAGCUAAUGUUGCCAGCUUUUUUUAGAAAGAAUAUGCACCAUAAGGUACACAAACACCAUAUAAAAUAUGCCACUGCUGUUUAUUCUCACAUACACACACAAUUACUUCUGCCACAUUAUCUCUCCACCCACCACCCUAGUCAUCUGCAUGACUGGACCACGGGUGCUGUUUGCAUGGCAUGUUGCUCAAGAUCCAGCUCAAAGCAAUGACUGAAAUGCAGCCUUUUGUUCGUUGCUGGAGUGUAUCUGAAUGCUGACUUCUUCAGCUUUAGGCAUGAGCCAUCAGAAGCAGCAGCAUUCCUCAUUGACGUUUAGUGUGCGUUUGCUGCAGCAAAAAUAACAAAGAGACUUGUGGAACCUUAAAGACUAACAAGUUUUGUUUGGCAUAAGCUUUCAUGGACUACAGCCCACUUCUUCAAAUAUUGUAUUUACUGUUAUCAAAUCUAGUUGCUGUUAUCCACAAAAAUGUUCUCAGUUUGUAUGUGAAUCCUGCAGAGGAACUCUCUAGUGUCCAAGGAGGUCACCUGGGUUCAAGCAGAUUGUCACCCUUGCUCAUGUUCAUGAACCACAACAAAACAAACGUUAAAGGGGAAGAAAUAGCUGGUGCCUUAACAUCCUCUGUUUGCAUAAUGGAGAAACUGAGAAAUUUUGGGAGGUUGAGCAAGAAUCUGUCACAUCCCUGAGAUAGUUGGUUUUCUGCAUCAAAUCAUUAUUAGAAAUCCAUUGUUAUAAAGCUGAAUCUGGAUUGGGGGUGGGGGAAGGAAAUGCAGAACUCAGGGCACAUCCAGAUAGGGAAAGUUGGAGUGAUCUGAUUCACACUGAAAAGCUUCUGAUAUUUAGUGCAAUCUGUUCAUAUCUCUCUUGAAGCAAUCCUUCUGUCCACAUUGAUCAAUUUUUUCUCCCAUGAGAAGGGUCCAGACAGGUCUUUAAAUCACUCCAAUUUGGCCCCCUUUUGAUUAAUGACAUUCCCUUCCCGCCUCCUUCCCUGCCUUUUCCCACAGCCAUUUUAUAUACAGUGGUGCCUUGCUUGACA